UGUCCUUCAAUUCAGUUAGUUUUAAUUCGUUUUUAGUGUGGGUUUGCUAGUUUUUAUUAGUUUUUAUAUUUUCAAAAAUGCUUAGUUUUAGUUUAGUUUUUAUUAGUUUUAGUUUUAGUUUUAGUUUUUUGACGUCACGGACCGUGAGGCGUUCAGGUGCCGUAGCUGCCAGUUGGAGAUAAACGGCCAGAGCGGAAUAAAUUGAUCAUACCAAGAGGCUUAUAUUGACAGGGACGAAAACGGAGGAAAUUAUAUCUAUAAUUUCAGUUAGUUUUAGUUAGUUUUCUAAACACGCAAUAUAGUUUCAGUUAGUUAUCGUUUUUGUCUUUUAAUUUUUGUUUUUAUUUAGUUCAGUUAACGAAAUUGUUUUUUCAAUUUUAGUUUUCGUUAUUUCGUUUUCGUGAACGAUAAUAACUCUGCUCGGUUCCUCUUUGUAUUUCUGUUAAAACAGUUGGGUGAGAACAGAGACCCUGGAUGUUACAGUAUCUAUACUUGUGGUGAAAGUGUGUAUGUAUAAAUAUGAGCAUAUUAGAGCCAAUCAGAGACGAUUAUUUAAAAUAUUUAUUAUUGGUUUAUUUAUUCAGAUGUCCGAUGUCCACUCUGCAUUUGUGUUCACUGCUAUGUAGAGAAUAUACUCACACACAUCAUCCCCGUAUUGAUGGAUUAGACUUGGUACACCCUGAUACGGUGAGAAAACCACCUUGUUUCAUAAAUGUUUCUUUCUCUCUUUUUGUUUCUUAUUUUCUCUUAAGGAGUAAUAAAUGUUUAUAAAUCAGUCGGGGACAUUUUUGCGUCUUUUCCUAGAAUGACUCAGAAGAUACACGAUGUGUUGGAAUCACAGUUUCUGAAAGAAUGAAAGCACAUGUGAACCGUACGUUGAAAAACCACCCUAGGUAUGGUGCAGAUUAGGGAAAGGAAGUGAAACUAGGAAAAGCCAUUAAGUUGUUCUGUCCUUGAUUAUGGGAAGGUGGGGACAAAAAAAGACAGUUAACAGUUGAAGGAGGAAUGAGGAGAAACUGCAUCAUCUCAUGAAAGUCACCCUGAGAUCAUGCAGGAGGAGCAGAAGGAGCCUUGUUUUUCCGGCUUUAUUGCUUUGGUAUUUAUCGCUUCACCUGCUGGACCUGUUUGCUCCCCGUCGGGCUGCUCGGGCCGUGACAAUCACGGUGCGGCAGCACCAACACCCCGGGGUGAAAUAUCACAGAUGCCACAUCACCAUCCCCUGACACGCAGCGCUUUAGUCAACAAGUCUAGCAGGUUCACGCAGCAUCUGUCGGAGCGUCGGCCAAAGAAAAAACACAGGAAAAAGCUUGAAGGCGAAAGCACCUAAGAAUACAAAUCCCUCAUUUAGCUCGUUAACAGCGGCUGGUUCUGAGUUAAGGACGACCUGAUUUGUUUGAGAUGUGUGGCUCCGUACGCAGGUGUUUGUGUGUGUGUUUCAGAGGAGAAGACGGGUGAGGUGAAAAGAAAUGUAAGAACAAUGGUGGGUGUGUUCAGAGCUGUUUGUCUUUCACAAUCUCGCUCAGGUCACUUAUAAACCCUGCCCCAAACCUGUAAAAUUUCACACUCCUGCACUCACCUGACCAGCUACUCUGACUGCCACCUGCGAGCUGCUCGGCGUGCACAUUCACAGCACUUCACCUGCUGAAACAUACAGCUCCCUUAUUUACCUUUGGACCAUAAAUAGCUUCCUUGUUUCGGACAACGUGGACUUUAUCCUGUUUUUCCUCUCUCGGACUGGCCUGCUUUGCUUUGGGUUUGGUGGGUUUUUUUCCACUUCAAGUACAAAUUAAGAAAUUCCACCUUUUCUAAAGUCACUUCACACGUCUGAGUCACUCAGGACGGACUCCAGCGCCUGGCGGUGGAUCAUCCUUUCCACCCUAUCCACUGCGCCUUUCCCCACUGGAAUUGGUGGCUUUAUGUUGAAACUCUGCAGCUGGCCGUGUCUGUGUGAGCGGAAGAGGCCCCUGCGGCUGCAAAUCCGGGCGAGAUGAUGCAGGAGAUGUCCACGGUGAUGGCCUGUGAUUCCCAUGUUGUUGAGGAAAUGAGCGAGGAGGAGAUCCUCGCCUGUCUGGCAGCUGAAAUAGAGCCCACAUUCACGGUACCCACGAAGAAGGCCAAGUUUAAAGAAAGCCGGCUCCAGAUAAUGGAUGAUGGAGACGCUCUGGACAAAUACCUGAGGGAAAACCGCCGGCUUCAGCAGGCCAGCCUCCGCCUGGAGCAGGAGAACGACAACCUGGCCCACACCCUGAUCAGCAGCAAGGUAGCGCUGAGAAACGCCCUGGACAAGGCUGAAGACAGAGUGGAUGAACUAACCAAAGACCUGCUACAGACCAGACACCGUCUGCAGGACACUGAGGACGAGAAAAGAGGGAAAGAGGAGGAAGCUGCCAUGCUGAAGCAGGUGUUUCGGAGAGAGCUGGAGAAAGCUGAGCAGGAAAUCAAAAGAUCAUCUGGUAUCAUUGCAGACUACAAACAGAUCUGUUCUCGGCUGACACUACGCAUGGAGAGGCAGGAAGCCGCCCAUAGAGAGGAGUUAGAGUCGCUCAAGAGAGCAAUAAAGACUUGCUCCCAUUGUCGAGGCGUAGCAGAAUCAAACACGGCAGGUCACGACUCUGAAACAGCAGCAGGGACAGAAAGCCCGGAGCUGACUGAAAAAAGCAGGGAGGAGCGCGGCGCAGAUCCCACACCUGGAGAUCAGAGGAGUGAGGACCAGGAGAAGAAGUCGCUCAGGGCUCAGAUCAGGGAGCUGGAGCAUGAGCUGGCCCAGACCAAGCUGCAAAUGGUGGAGGCCAACUGCAAGAUCCAGGAGAUGGAGCACCACAGAGGAGUCCUGGCCAGCGAUCUCCAGGAAGCCAGAAACAGCUGGAUCAGCAAGGCCUUCACGUCCCUGCGGACCUCCAGCGGGGGACUCGUCCCCAGAGACGGGACUCCAGCGGGGGGUUGGAACCUCCACAGCGUCUCCCUCAAUGGCUGGACCAACAGGAAACUAUUAUGGCCCCACAGAGACAAUCGGGAAAAUGUCAGCCAACCGGACACCACAGGAGGAUCAGACCUCCAUUAAAAUGAACUUUGAAUCUUGAAAUAAACUCACUUUUAUGUAUCCAAUUUAUUUAAAACCGUAGUUCCUCAGUGUGACCACUAGAUGGCAGUAUAGAGCACCAACACAACGGGAGGAGAGUACCUGAGAGCACAUACUGGUGAUGAGACCUCUGCUGCUGUUUUUUUGUUUUUGUCUGUUUAAAAUUUUAUACUAACUAUACUACAUUCACUGAUGUCUUUCUUUAUGUAUCUUUAAACCUUAUCCAUUGCCACCUGAGCCCUCUGAAGGUAAACCUUUUUUGUAAGCAAGUGGAACAGAAUAAAGCAAAUGUUACAGCAUGUCUUUGUUUAUGAC